AUGCCGACCACGAAGCUCCAGGACACCACGGGGGAUUUCGAGCACUCAGCCGGUUCGGAUGCAGCUACAGUAGAGGAAGCAGCGGAGAAUACGGCUACGUGUAAGGAAAAGGAAGUGGCACCGGAGAACAGCCCCAGCGAGGAAAUGUCCCUGGACGCGAUCACUUCGAAGCGGCGACUAGAGGACUUGGCACGAGACUACACAGCUGAGGCUGGAUGUCCAGCAGCUGUCGGACCAAAUAGCAGUUCUAGAGGUGCCAAUGGGGCAAGCUGCAUCGAUCCCGACGGCUGCGAUUCUUUCACGGGAACUUCCGAGGCUGCCAGCCAGCAGCCUGAAGGAGCUGGAAGCAGCGGAGGCAGCCAUUCACGACGAGACUGUAGCCACAGUCUUGACACAUACUUCGUUUGCUUUCCGGAGCCACAAACAUGUGCAUGCUGGCCUGUGGAAAUUCUGUGCUGGGAAGGAGCAGCUUCUCAGAAUUGGAGGAGGACCCUGCUGGAAACUACAGCCAACAUCAUGAAAGAUUUAAUGGGCCACUCUGUCCAAGUGCUAUUUUCUCUUUACGGGCGCAAAGGAAAGAGGCCAUUUAGCGGCAGGCAGCUGUGCAGAGUGGCAACAAAUGCCAUCUGUGAGAAGCAGGCCGUUGACAAGACGACGGCCCUAGCAGUCAUCGGGAAGUGGCUGCCGGGGUCUGUGGACCGGGGCGGUGGAAGGAAGAGGAGAUUUGCGGCUACGAUUGCCGAACCCUCCGCCCAGUCCUACGCCCAGCUCUCCGCCCAGCCCUCUGCCCAGCCUUCUGCGCUGUCUACUGCAGAGCCUUCCGCCGACCCUUCCUAGGCCGCCCUGGUUGCGCUAUUUUUUAAUCUUUUGAUUUGAUUUAAAUAAAU